AUGUCGGGAGGACAGCAGCAUUCCCGGACUGAUACUGGAGGCACCACGCCCAUGCAGCAGCCCCAGACUGAUUGGAGGUCACUUGCGGACGCAGGUGCGAAUGUACCCAACCCUCUGUACGUCACUAGAGCAGUUAAAGUCUGCAGUCAUUCUGAGAAGAUUGCCAAGCUGAACAGGAUGGAACAGAGAUUGAUUGAGCUGGAACGGUCUGCUGUAACAAGUGGUGGUCCAGAUAAAAAGGAACCCAUUGGGUCAGCUGGACCUCCAGGACCUCCUGGACCUCCGGGAGAAAGGGGGCCCAUAGGGCCAGCUGGUAAUUGUUCUGCUGGACCUCCUGGUGAGAAGGGGGCUUUAGGGUCACCAGGAGAAAAUGGUACCGUGGGACCUCCUGGGCCUCCGGGAGAAAAUGGUACCAUGGGACCUCCUGGACCUCCGGGAGGAAAUGGUACCAUGGGACCUCCUGGACCUCCAGGAGAAAAUGGUACCGUGGGACCUCCUGGACCUCCAGGAGAAAAUGGUACCGUGGGACCUCCUGGACCUCCGGGAGAAAAUGGUACCGUGGGACCUCCUGGACCCCCGGGAGAAAAUGGUACCGUGGGACCUCCUGGACCUCCGGGAGGAAAUGGUACCGUGGGACCUCCUGGACCUCCAGGAGAAAAUGGUACCGUGGGACCUCCUGGACCUCCUGGAGAAAAUGGUACCGUUGGACCUCCGGGAGAAAAUGGUACCGUGGGACCUCCUGGACCUCCGGGAGAAAAUGGUACCGUGGGACCUCCUGGACCCCCGGGAGAAAGUGGUACCGUGGGACCUCCUGGACCUCCGGGAGAAAAUGGUACCCUGGGACCUCCUGGAGAAAAGGGACCCAUAGGACCAGCUGGCCUUGGGACUGCUGGGCCUCCUGGUGAAAAGGGGGCUUUAGGGUCAGCUGGACCUCCAGGAGAAAAGGGUGGCUUGGGACCUCCUGGACUUCGGGGAGAAAAGGGGCCCAUUGGGCCAGCUGGCCAUGGGACUGCCGGACCUCCUGGUGAAAAAGGGGCUUUAGGGUCAGCUGGACCACCAGGAGAAAAGGGUACCUCGGGACCUCCAGGAGAAAGGGGGGCAAUUGGGCCAGCUGGCCAUGGUACUGUGGGACCUCCUGGACCUCCAGGAGAAAGGGGCUCCAUAGGACCAGUUUGUCACGGGUCUGCCGGGCCUCCUGGUGAAAAGGGAUCUUUAGGCAUCAGCUGGUCAGCUGGCCCGCUAGGAGGAAGGGGGCCCAAAUGGCCAGUUUGCUAUGGGCCUGCCGGACCUCUCGGACCUCCUGGUGAAAAGGGAGCCAUGGGGCCACCUGGACCAUCGGGAAGAAACGGAGCCAUGGGGCCUCGUGGACCAACGGGAAGAAACGGAGCCAUAGGGCCACCUGGACCAUCGGGAAGAAACGGAGCCAUGGGGCCACCUGGACUAUCGGGAAGAAACGGAGCCAUAGGGCCUGCCGGACCAUCGGGAAGAAACGGGGCCAUAGGGCCACCUGGACCAUCGGGAAGAAACGGAGCCAUAGGGCCUCGUGGACCAUCGGGAAGAAACGGAGCCAUAGGGCCACCUGGACCAUCGGGAAGAAACGGAGCCAUAGGGCCUCCUGGACCGUCGGGAAGAAACGGAGCCAUAGGGCCUCCUGGACCGUCGGGAGAAAAGGGAGCCAAAGGGCUUGCUGGAAAUAGAGGGUUAAGAGGGCUUCCUGGAUCUAAAGGGAGUAAGGGAAAGAAAGGGUCUAAAGGGAGUAGGGGGGUGAGGGGUCCUCCCGGGAGUGAUGGAAGGCCAGGGGAGAAGGGUCCUCAAGGGCGUGAUGGACGGAAAGGGGAGAUGGGUCCUCCCAGGCCACCUAGCAAGUCAAGAAGGAGACACAGAAAUAAAUAA